CGGGACUUGGGGGUGGAGCGCAGGGCUCGGAGCCCGCCCCCAGCAGUCGGUGCCCGCCCCCUCGCCGCCGCGUCCCGGGAGCGCCAGGAGCUAGGAGGGUGCCUUCCCCGUGGAGACCUGGGCCGAGCUGGGCCCGGCCGGGGGUGCACCAGCGGUGUGCCCGGGCCCCUGUGAGCCACUCCCGCGUCCUCCGUGCGCCACAGCAGCUGCCCGAGACGGGGCGCGCGCCGCGCAGGAAGGAGCCCGUGCACCCAGCUAGCUGGUCAUGUGCAGCCCCCCGGAGACCGCCCUGCUGCAGCUAGAGGAGGUCUUCUUGGCCACCCUCGCCCGUGUCAACAGCCUUGUCCUCAAGCCUCUGCUCUUGGCUGCUUCAGAACCUUCUGCGGAGCCCCAGAGCCAGGAGUGCCUGCAGCUCUUGGAGCAGCUGCAUGGGAGCACCCAGCAGCUCUGGGCUGUGACAGAGGAGAGCCUGCGCUCACUGCAGGAGCGGCUGUGCCACCCUGACUCGGCAGGCCUGGAGUCCCUGUUGCUGCUGCGCCAUGUUGACCGGGUCCUGCAGGUGCACAUGGAGUACAUCGAGUCCUACACGAACUGCCUGGUGAUGCAGGCUUUUCAGAAGGCAGCAAAAGGAAGGAGGGAGUACUGGCGGGGCCGACGGAAGGCACUGCAGCAGCUGCUGUGGAGCAUGAAUGCCGAGAGCUCAGCGGGCACAAUGCUGGUACAGGCCCUCCAGCAGCCCCUGGUGCACCACGUGCAGCAGUGUGUGCUGCAGCUGCUGAGUCUCAGUGGUGUCAUUGGGGAGCAUCACCCGGCCCGGGAGCUGGUGGUGCACGCGGCCACCGUCUUUGGGAACCUGCAGUCGUACAUGCAGCAGGCUCUGGACCAGGCCGAGGCCACACGGAGCCUGUGGCACAGUCUGAGUGGGCAGCUGUGGGAGAUGCUGUGCAGCCCUGCCCGUCGGCUCCUGCUGGACAGCCACGAUGUGCCUGUGAUGGCUGCCCCACUGCGCGCUGAGCGUGUGCUGCUGUUUAAUGAUGCCCUUGUCCUGGUGCAGGGCCACAGUGUCCACACCUUUGACCUGAAGCUGCUGUGGCUGGAGCCUGGGCAGGAUGGGUACAUGUUUCACCUCCUCACACCUGAAGACGAGUUCUCCUUCUGUGCCAAGGACCGCCAAGGCCAGGUGGUCUGGCAGUGGAAGGUGACCCAGGCUGUGUGCCAGGCCCUGCGGGGCAAGAAGGACUUUCCAGUGCUGGGGGCCGGCCAGGAGCCUGUGGAGCUCCCUGCCCAGCGCUAUGGAGCCUAUACCUUCCACACUGAGGGCCGGCUCUGCCAUGCCACCUAUGAGGGCGAGUGGCAGCAGGGCAAGCCCCACGGCAAGGGAACCUUGAAGUGGCCAGAUGGGCGCAACCAUGUGGGCGAUUUCUGCAAUGGCCUGGAGCAUGGCUUCGGCGUCCAUCUGGUGCCCCAGCCCCCUGAGGACAAGUUCGACUGCUACAAGUGCCACUGGCGGGCAGGCAGCAUGAAUGGCUAUGGCAUCUGUGAGUACGGCUCGGACCAGGUGUAUAAGGGCUACUUCCAGGCAGGCCUGCGGCAUGGCUUUGGGAUCCUGGAGAGUCCCCCGCAGGCUUCUCGGCCAUUCAAGUACACAGGCCACUGGGAGCGAGACCAGAGGAACGGCUAUGGUGUGGAGGAGGACCGGGACAGAGGCGAGCGCUAUAUCGGCAUGUGGCAGGGUGACCAGCGCCAUGGUCCUGGGGUUGUGGUCACCCAGGCAGGCGUCUGCUACCAGGGCACCUUCCAGGCGGACAAGAUGGUGGGCCCUGGCGUCCUCCUGUCUGAAGACGACUCCCUGUAUGAAGGUACCUUCACCAGGGACCUCAUCCUGGAGGGGAAGGGCAAGAUCACCUUCCCCAAUGGCUUCACCCUCGAGGGUACAUUCGGUCCUGGGUUCGGGCAAGGACUGCACACACAGGGCAUGCUGGACACAGCUGCCCUCCCGCCAGAUCCGAGCAGUAACAGCUGUAAGAGGCAGCUGGGCCUAGGCAUCUUCCCAGUAGAGUGCCGCUGGCCAGGAGUCUACCGCCCCUUCCGCGACUUCGUGGCUGCCGGCUGCCCUGCUGACCUGCAGGAGGCGCUGCUGGGCUUCCACGUGCAAAGCCCCCGGGGGCCUCGCAGGUCCCAGGAGCGCGUGUGAUGUGAGAGAUCACAUCCCAGGGACAGCGUGGGCAGCCUGGCUGACACCCUGGAGGAAUUGCUGCAGCACCGGCAGCUUGAGGCCCAGCAGCGGUACCUUGGCAAGGCCCUGAGCCACCCCCGGCACCCACUGGCCAAGCUGCUGCGGACCCUGAUGCUGACCUUCCAAGCCACGUAUGCGGGCAUCGGGGCCAACAAGCACCUGCAGGGGAUGGCCCAGGAGGAGGUGAAGCAGCAUGCCCGGGAGAUCUGGGCUGCCUACAGGGGUCUGCUGGGGGUCGCCUUACAGCGCAGGGGCCAGAUGCUGGAGGAAGAAGACGCAGAGACAAGGGAGCUGCAGGUGCAUGACCUGAUGCUGCCCCUCAUGCUGCCCAGUUUCUACUCGGAACUCUUCACGCUCUACCUGCUGUUGCACGAGCGCGAGGACAGGCUCUACAGCCGUGGCAUCGCCAGCCUUAGCCUCUUCCCCGACACCAAGCUGCUCAAGUUCCUGGAGGUGCAGAGGCACCUCUGGCCCCUGAAGGACCUCACACUCACCAGCAAUCAGAGGUACUCACUGGUCAAGGACAAGUGCUUCCUGUCAGCCACUGGGUGCCUCCAAAAGAUUAUGACCACGGUGAACCCCCGGGAGAAGCUGGAGGUGCUGGAGAGGACAUACGGGGAAAUCGAGGCCACCGUGUCACGGGUGCUGGGCCGAGAGCACAAGCUGCCCAUGGAUGACCUGUUGCCGCUGCUCAUCUACGUGGUGUCACGGGCCCGAAUCCAGCACUUGGGAGCCGAGAUCCACCUGAUCAGAGACAUGAUGGACCCCAGCCACACGGGGGGCCUCUAUGACUUCCUGCUAACGGCCCUGGAGUCCUGCUAUGAGCACAUCCAGAGAGAAGACAUGCGGCUGCACCGCCUGCCUGACCGCCAAGACUCCAAGGAGCUCUUAUGCUAGCCUCAUGCCUCUAGGCCCAUGGCGGAGCUGCUGGGCCUGCACGCCUUGCUCACAGGAGCAGCUGGGCUCACCCUGGGCGUCCUGUCCUACUCUGCUGGUCCAGGGCAGCAACCAGACUCCUGUGUGUCCUAUAGGGCUGGUGUCCUGUGCUGCCCCACCUGCUGGAGCUUAUGGGUUGGCUACCCAGUCCUCUUGUGUGCUGGUGGCUCUGUGGCCUGGCUGAAGCCUGUGGACUUCCUGGGCAGGGAGAGGAAGCUCUGUGUGCCACACCAGGGUCCCUGGGCCAGGGGGAUGCUGGAGUGCCACUCCUCCUUGCUCUCCGAGUCUCGCCUUGGCAUCAUCUCCGUGUGUGGCAGGUGCUAAGGACUCCACACCUCGCAUCCGUCUGUGCCUUUCUCCUGGGUGGACAUCUUUGCCCCAGGUCCAGUCACAGGUCACACCCUCAGAGGAAGCAGCCGGGGGUGCUUCUGGACCUGAGAGAUGGCCAGUCAGUGACGAAGUCUGGUCUGUGUGUGGCAAAUGCUCUGUUGCGGUGAAGGCAGAGAUUAGCUGAACUGAAAACUUCCAAAUCAGGCCAUGGGGGGAUCAAGCCGCCGUUUGGGGGUUACUGCAUCCCAGGGGGUUCCCGCAUCCCAGGUUCAGGUGCUGGCUGUGCCCCUUCUGAUCCAGCCCCUGCGGGUAUACCCAGGAAGGCAACAGAGGGUGGCCCCAGUGCUUGGCGUCCUGCUGUC